AUGUCUGGCAUCACAUUAAACGACGAAGUGACUACUGUUUUCAACGACUUCAAGUUGUCGCACAAAUUCAGAUACGUCAUCUUCACCAUGAACGACAAAAUGACCGAAAUCGUCGUUGAAAAGACUGCUGACAAAGCUGCUACUUAUGACCAAUUCAUCGCUGACUUGCCACCAAAGUCCGCCAGAUAUGCCGUGUAUGACUUAGAAUAUACUACUGAAGAAGGUCAACGUGAAAAGAUUGUCUUCUACUUGUGGACCCCAGACGGAUGCAAGAUCAAGGAAAAGAUGUUGUUCUCUGCUACUAAAGCUACCAUUAAACAAGCUUUCGUUGGUAUCUCUGCUGAGAUCCAAGCUACCGACGCUGGUGAACUCGAACUCCAAACCAUCAUCGAUAAGGUUAAAACCAUUUCCAAAUGA